AGGAGGAAGCAGGAGGUCCGGCAAAUCGAGGGCAACAGGAAGAUGGCCGUCGCGGUCGAGAAGGCCGAGGACAGGGGACGCCAUGGAGGAGCGGCGCCUGAAGGUGUCGCAGUCCCUCGAGACGUGGCGCAGCGGGUGCGACAGGGCGGAGCAGCUGAAACGCCUGACGAGCAGAAGCUGGAGGCCCACAAGCUGACGGCGAAGAGCUACUCGCUGAAGCUCCAGCGCGUGGGCGACACCCACCGCAGCCUCGCCGACACCCAGCCGCAGAAGAACAGCCGCCUCAAGACGAGCAUCCAGUCGUCCCUGAAGGUCCAGCUGGAGGACCGCCGCCGCCGCGAGGCGGGCGAGAUGGACGAGGCCAUCAGCGCCAAGCUGCAGGCCGCCUCCGAACGCCGGCGGGCCGCGCUGCUCGGGUCUCGGUACGGCCUCGUGGAGAGCGGGCGUUCGGCGAGCAGGCUGCGGGCUUCGACGCCAGGUUCCAGGUCAGCGUGGACAGGCGCACGCGGGCCUGGAGGGACGGCCUGGAGGGCACCGCCGGCCUGCUGGGCCUGCUGGAGCACGGCAUGCGCCAGGUGGCCCCGCCGCCCGGCACCGACCUCGCCGUGGCGGGCCUGCUGGACGCGGGCGCCGUGGCCGACGCAGGCCUGGCCGACCCCAUAAGCCGGGCCGUGAGCGGCAGCGGCGAGCCCGGCGAUCCGCUGGUGGACCUCUGAGCUGCGGCGCGGCGCGCGCUGCCCAAGCCGGGAGGGCCUGCACGCUGGCCCCGGGCCCUGGGCAGAGCCGGCGCAGCGCGUGCAGCCGGCGUCCUCCCACCGACGCGCGGUGGGCUCGCGCGCCGCGUCGGCGCGGCAGCGAGGCCUGCCGCGAGGGGGGCACCGCCGAGGGGCCACGACCCUCGGCGGCCUCCCGCGACGCCGCCCGAGGGCGCGGCGAGCCCUCGGAGGAGUCGAGCAGUGGCGAAGCGUCCCGGCGUGUCUGUAGGC